AUGUUGCGUGUGCUGAUCACCUGCACUCAGGUGUUUAUAGCAGCAGAUUCCUGCAGCAGCUCCUCAGACUGAAGGAGAGAGGACACAGAGACAGGUAGCUGUGAGACUCCACUGAGAAGUUUCUGGUGUGGCUAUCAUGGAGAAGCUGGUGCUCCUGAUGCUGUUGCUUGCAGGAAUAUGUGCAGUUGCAUCCGGCCACUUCAGAAAAUACCACUUUGUGGAAGAUAAAAAGAGCUGGUUUGAUGCUCAGAGCUACUGUCGAGAGAAGCACACAGACCUGGCCACCAUUGAAAGCCAGGAAGAAACCGAGAAAGUCUUAAAUAUUUCAGCUGCUUUUACUGAUGCCUGGAUCGGCCUGUAUUAUGACAAAGAGAACUGGCAGUGGUCCAAUGGAGACAAUGUGAGCUACUACAACUGGACAUCCAGUCUCAACUGUACUAGUAUCGAUUCAAGUGGAAAGUGGGUGGACUCAUACUGUCAUACUAAUAGCUAUUAUUUCAUAUGCUACAAUGACACCAGAGAGAGUUAUAUCCUGAUUGAUCAACCGAAAACCUGGUAUGAAGCUCAGCAGUACUGUAGAAAAAACUACAUCGACCUCGUCAGUAUAAAGAAUAAUGAUGAAGAUAAGAAAAUAAAGGAGAAAGCAAAUGGAAAAACUGUCUGGAUUGGUCUGUUCAAUAACCCCUGGAAGUGGUCACACAAAGGGGAGUAUUCCUCUUUUCACAACUGGAACAAAUGGGAACCAAACAAUGUAGUCAAUAAUAUCUGUGUGGCGAUGUAUGGUGCAGCGGAUAUGGAAAGAGGUAAAUGGAAUGACGAUGGAUGCCAUUGCACCGCUCCCUUCUUUUGCUAUAAUGAAUCCUGUACAGACGCUUCCUGCACUAAAUACCACUUUGUGGCAACUGCUAUAAACUGGUCUGCAGCUCAGACACACUGUAGAGAUAAAUACACAGACCUGGCCACUGUCCACAGCCAAGAGGAAGCAAAGCAAUUAGAUAAUUUAAAUAUUAGUUCCUAUGCCUGGAUCGGGAUGUAUCGAGAUUUCAGUGAGAACUGGCAGUGGUCCAAUGGAGAUGAAGUCACCUACAACACGAGACGUGCCAAAUUCUUCUGUGCUACAGUUAAUCCAAAUGGAGAUUGGACCGAUUCUGUCUGUCAUGAUACAAAACGUUUCAUGUGUUAUGACAGUAGUAAAGACACCAGCGAGAGAUAUAUCCUGAUUGAUAAACCGAAAACCUGGUAUGAAGCUCAGCAGUACUGUAGAGAACACCACACUGAUCUAGUCAGUGUAAAGAAUGAGGAUGAAAAUAAGAAAAUAAAGGAGAAAGCAAAUGGAAAUCCUGUCUGGAUUGGUCUGUUCAAUAACCCCUGGAAGUGGUCAGAUGGGGGGGAUAAUUACACACCUCAGAACUGGUCAGUAAAUCAACCUGACAAUUAUGGAGGCAAAGAGAAAUGUGUGAUGAUUCAAAACAAAACUAAUAAGCUUACAAUAAACGAUGGUGGAUGCAGCACAGCAUACCCCUUCUUCUGCUAUGACGAUCACAUGGCAAUCGCAAGGGUCAAAUUGACCGCACCAAGAGGAAUGAAUCUUGAAGACCCCAAAGUGAGCGAAGCCAUUUUAGAGCAGAUUCGGGAACAUUUCUCCAAGAAGUUUCCGAUGGACGGUGUUAAGAUGCGCUGGAGAAAACAAGACGGAGAGAUUUUUCACAAGGAUGUGGAAGAGGAGGAGGAGGAGGAGGAGAAGUACUCCAAGCCGUGAGAUACCAGCACAGGCAUCGCAAGUGGGGGUUCAGGGCAUUGUGCCAUUAAUCUCUAUUAAAAACAAACUGUAGUCAAAGGCUUUUGACUGUUUUAAUUUUAAUAUUUAAGUAACUAUACAUACUAUAAUCAGGGGUUCAAAUCAAUAUAAUUGUGAAGUUCAGAAAUAUUUUAAUCUGCAUUAAGAUCAAUAUAAUACUAAAGAGAUUAAACAGAUCUACAUGAAUAGUAGGGUCUGCAAACAGUAUGCGUUGCAAAUGCAUCGCUUCAUUUCUGUAUAAGUUGUAUCACAAUAUUGGUGUUCUCCUGCAGAUUGAGCAUGUUUCUUUGUACCACAUCAUGCUCCACAUGUUAUCAGAUCUGCAUUUAGAAAUACAGCUCCAAUUUGAAUCCCUGAAUAUAAUAUAAUAUUUUAUAUCAUGUCCUAGUUUUAUAUUAAUGUGUGUUUUUUUCUGUUAAUUUUACAUUAUAUAGAUGUAACUUAGAUUA